CGCCGUCCUGUGGAGGGCACCGGGCGGUCCUUGGUGGCAAAGAAAUACCUGUUCUAUACAGGGAUACGGCCCGUUCUGCUCUGCAUAAGGCUAGAUUAUGGAGGGGGGCUUCCCUCAGUGGGAAACCACGCAAGUCCUGCAUUGUUUCCUCAUUCAGCUUUCCCCGUGAACGUGUUUAACCAUGUUUUUACCCAGGACACUGGAAUAAGGAAGGUUUAAAGGGCUUUAUUUAGCUCUAGGGGAGCUGAAACUCAGUACCCGCUGCACAGCUAACAGGGUGCUACACUCUCUUUUGCCACAUGUGUGGUGCAUUUUGUCUUCAUCUACUGUUUUCAUUGUCAGGGACAAAAAAAUGAUAGGUCUUCUGUAGAAAGCUGCCCUUUCCAGUACCCAGAAAACAGGGUCAACUGCUGUCCGAUAGCUGCACUGAGCUCUGUGUGUUUCCCCCUGUGUGACAGCAGAAGGUGAGACAUAGGUUACCAACCCUAGUCUCACUUUGUUCCCUUGCACAGUUUGAAAACGUGUUGGUUUUUUUUUCCAGAAGUAGGAUGCAAAUAGUCAAACGAAAGACUAAUUCACUUUUCUGCUUUGUCUCCCUCCAGACAUAAUUUCAUUAGAAUUAAACUACCUUACCCCAAUGAAUGAAAACACAAGCCACAGAUGAUAUUCCACAUUGAAUUUGUCCACAACCCAUUUUAUUAAAAUUCCUCUCUUUGUUGUUCAAGGUCCUCAAGAAGGAAUGCGUGUACUCUGUGAGCCUCACUUUAAAUACUCAAAGGAUUAAUUGAAGAACAUGAUGGAAGGAAGGGGAAAGUUUUUAGCUGAAGAGCAUGAUUUCCCUGUUAUGUGCUUCCCAGAGCUUGUGCCGUUUCGCUGGCAUCCAUUAAUGCUACACAGCGAGAACAUCCUGAGUCCUUGUUGCUGAGGUAAAAGAAGCCUCUAUCCUCCCCAUGCUAAUUGUUGACAUGGAAAACAAGGAAAAUGGCUCUCUGGAUGUCAAAAAUUCAGUAGAGAAUGGGAGACCUCCAGAUCCUGCUGACUGGGCUGUUACCGAUGUUGUGAAUUAUUUCAGAACAGCUGGAUUUGAAGAACAAGCCAGUGCUUUUCAAGAACAGGAAAUUGAUGGCAAAUCAUUACUGUUGAUGACAAGAAAUGAUGUACUGACUGGACUUUCAUUAAAACUGGGGCCUGCGCUGAAAAUCUAUGAAUAUCACGUAAAACCUCUACAGACACAACAUCUAAAGAACAACUCUUUGUAGCGAAUUGUCUCAUUGGGGUCAUGUACCUCAAAGGAAAAAUAAGCAAUUUGGUUUCAUGUGAUGGAACUUUGUAAAGAGGGAAUAUAUCUAUUAAGAGUUUAAACCAAAUUACAAUAUAUAUCCUAUUGGAUAGAGAUGGCAAUAUACGAGUCUGAACUGAGAGAGGUUGUGUGUAUUUUUUACAUAGUACAUAAUGAUUUUCUCUUUUAGGAAGUGUCAGUGAGUAUGUUGAGAUAGCUACAUCACUGUAUCCAGAACAAAAGGAGGUAUGUCAUUCUCAUUUUUGAGCCAGACAAGUUCUUGAUUUCAUUAAUUGAAAUACAACCAACAACAACAACAAAACACCAAAAAACACCAACCAACCAAACAAAAAACCAAAAAAAACACAACCACAAAACCAAUCCCAAAUAAAGUUUUCAUGCAUCUUUAGAAGAGAGAAACUAGUUAAAGUAGGUUUUGGUUUACACUGAAGACGUAUUAAAAUUAUUACUACUUUUAAUUUUAGGAUGGGACUGACACUUACCAAGUCACCCUUUUUUGCAGAGGGUCCUAUUUUGACCUUAUUAAGGUUUUCUGUGGUAUGCUGCAAUGUUUAAAGCUGUACAUACAACUAACAUAACUCCUUCGAUAGCGGAAGGUGUUGGUGACAGGUGAAACUGGGUUGUGUAUUUUUUGCUGUUCUUUAAAUUUUCAACUUAUUUUCACCUGUUUUUAAUAGUAGUCCAAUGUAAAAUAUACUUGGGUUUUAAAGGUUUGUGUUCCUUUGCAAACAACAACAAAAAAGCUUAAUUUUAUUCCUUUUUUAAUUUAUGAUUGUUUUCUAACAUUAUGCAGAAAUUUGUAAAAAGUAAAAUUCUGCACAUUUUUAAUACUGUCUGUCUUUGGUGUUGUAAUGAUUGGGGUUUUUUUAAUGCUUUACUUAGCAGUUUGAAUACUUGUUUUAAGAACUGAAAGAAGCUGUCUCAUCACCAUAUAUCUCUGUUAAAAGAGAGUCUUGUUCAGUCUGUUUGUACCAGUUCCCUAUUUGAUAGGUUGCUUGCUAUUUCCCAAUAAAACAUUGCUUAUGUUUGGAUUC